AACAAUUUAACGACGACUGAACCACAUUUCAUCGAAUCGUUUCCAUUUGAAGUUUUUGCACCUACAUUAGCUAAGUGCUAUCUCAUAAUUAUUGCCGGCUACUUGGUGGCAAGAUUCCAGAUAUUAUCUGUUGCUGACCAACGUGGUGCUACAGCGUUUGUUUCAUAUGUUGGAAUGCCAGGAAUUAUAUGCGUUACCCUUGCUGACGCUGAUUUUUCAGACUUCAGCUGGGAACUCAUGCUGGCACUUUUCUUCGGAAAGCUAUUCGUCUUUUGCCUUGUGGUUAUCAUGACGGUAGGAAUCACUGGAAACUUGGGAAUUGCUGGCGUUCUCGCCGUGUUUUUGGCUCACUGCAAUGAUCUUCCAGUUGGAAAUCCUCUCAUGUCUGCUUUGUAUCAAGAGAGCAGACCUCACAUGAUAAAAUAUCUGUUCUUCAUGCCCAUUCUUACCGUUCUCAUUUUUGUUCCCCUGGGACAUCUCUUGAUUGAACUGCACAAACGAAGACGAACACAAGAAGAAGAAAAGACAUCAAGUUGUGAUGUAUGGAUGAAUGGUUUCGAAGCGGCCUUCCGAUCUAUGUUAAAAUACAGCGUUCCAAUUACCAUAGCAACUUUAUCUGGCAUUAUUUUGAAUUUCAUUUUCCAUUCACAUAUGCACGCAGCUCUACAUAAACCUCUCGAAGCAGUGGCUAAUACUGUGCCGGGUAUGGUUCUGGCUGUUAUAGGCUUCAGUUUUGUCCGGAAAGAAAGAUACCUUUUCACUUCCGCGAUGGUUGCAGCAUGUGUUUUGGUGGUCAUCAAGAUGUUUUUAACACCGAUAAUUCUACAUACAUUUAUAAAACUGCUAGUAGGAGAUUCCGUUGCAGCCAGACCUUUAUCUGAUUUUGGUCUUCUAUACGGAAUAGUUUCACCUGCUACUGCUAUCUUCUUAUCUGGGCAAGAAUUUCGGAAACCGCUUGCUUCGAUGAGUGCAACUUUAAUCCUAACUAGUCUUCUCAGUUUUCCAAGUGGAUAUGUUGUGGCGAGAUUCACAUUAAUUUUGAAGGAAGAUCUGAAUAAAUAUGUUCCAGUUUUAAAGAAUUAUCUUUUUUGGAUUGCUUGUGUAUCUAUAUUAUGCGAUAUUUAUGUACUGGUUUCGUUUUUGUGGAAGAAAAAAGGACUGAAGUUUCCAUACUGCUACAUCUCAUCUCUUGUUUUUACGCAAAUUUUAAAGUGCUGCGGAAUAAUUGUUUGGCACUAUGAUUUCUUGAAAUGGAAUUCUGGCGAAAUAUACUUUCUAACAAUUCUAUAUUAUGGGGGAGAAAUUUCUUGCUAUAUUCUUGUAGCUACUGCAGCUGUGCUAUUUUCAUCUUCAUACGAACACAAUGCUAAGGGAAAGAACAGAUUUAGGAUAAUUUCUGGCAUUUCUUUUUGUGUGUGCAUUUUUAUGACUGUCAUUAUGAGCUACUUGAUGUCAUUUGAAGAAGUUAAGUCCAUAUUAGUCGUUGGAUUACCCAAUACAAAUUUUGAAUAUUUACAGCUAACUACAUCGACUGUGAUCAAAGCUUUUUGCUUUAUCGUUGUCAGCGUACGUUUGUGGAUUCAUUUUACAAGGACACCAAAAGCUACAGAAGUUACUGUUUCAUACGUAAAAAACUGUGCUCAAGACAAUGAAAUGUUUUACUUAGACAUGGAUGAAGUAGAAAUUGUCAGCUACAAAAAAAAAAGAGAAAGCAUAUACAGUCGUCGACAAUCAACCCUGAGUAUCAAAGACCAGGCAGACAUUUACUACAAGGAAAUUGAUCCGCAAUAUCAGCCUCUUCCUAGAAAUAAAGAAGAAUGGUCCUUCAGAUUUUACAGUCUUCUACUAGUUCUAAUGAUUGUGAUGUUUAUAAGACUUGUUGCAAAUCUAUAUAAGCUGGCUGGUAGUACAUCAUCCGAAGUAAUGAUUCCGUUGGAAUUUUUUCAAUCAUCUAUGUUCAUCGGACAGGGUAUAUUUUAUUUCUUGAUUUUUGGAAUUGAUGCAAGAACGAUUACUAUAAAGAUUCAAAACAAAUGGAGAUCAAUGUGCUGCGGUCAAGAAGAGGGUAUUACAGAUUUUAUAUCCAGUGAAUCUAGAACAGAAAUCUCAGCCUUCUGUAGCAAAUUUACUUCAUACUAUCUCAAUCAAUGCUUUCAAAGAAUUGCAAGAGAUAGGAAAUGGAUUGACGAAUUAUAUGAAAACUGCUUCUGGGGUCAUCAACUGGUAGAUUGGAUGAUCGAAGAGGGUCUUGCUCAAGAUGACGUGGAAGCUGAAGAGUUAGGUCAGAAGUUGCUCUUAGGAGGGGUGAUCCAGCAUGUCACGAAUUCUUACAAGUUUUAUGACGCUCCGUACCUUUACCAAUUCUCCAGUACAAUUAAAAAAAUAGAAGAUUGAGAAUUCUUGCUGCAUCGAAAAAAGGUAGGCAAGUAGUAAAAGCAUCUGAGCUCCGAGUGCGAGAGAAAAUAUGUAUUCUGCUCAACAUAUCUGAUCAAAAUAUGCUUGUGGAUACGGUGAAACGUAUUAUCUCUCUGCUAGAUGUAUCACACGAAAGAAACGUGAUUUUCCGAGUGAAGUAUUGAGCCUGAUUUUUAAUCUUUAAGAGUUUUAAAAGUGGCUUUUUAUAAUAGUAAAAAGUUAUGCAUAUUUUAAAAAAAAUAAACUACUGAGUUAUUUGUGAGAUUGUGAUUGAGCAGUACAAAGCAUUUUGUAUACUUACUCUGCCGGUAUGAUUACUCAAAGUAUUUUUUAAUCUUGUCCAAUGAUUUAGAAAAUUGUGUGCUUCUUUGAGAAAUAUUUACUGAGGCUAAUGCCAAUUUUUUUAAAAAAAAAACUAUAAUAUGUCUUAGGAUAAAUGUCUUCUGAACUUAUUUUUUUAUACUACUUAUUCUAGAAAACAAAUUUUUGUAUUUAUUAAUUUUGUAUCUAAUUUACCAUGACUUGUAUUCAUAUCACUUUGUUAUUAAAUGUUCUGUCUCUUAAA